UAGCUCUACCAAAAUCAGUGGGAUAUUGCCACGUUCAUAGCUUUGUGUUCAAAUCCUGCAUCAAGAUCACUGAGUUGUGCCGUGGCCCAGAGCACGAGGAGCCCAGAGCUCAGAGCUAGCAGCUUGGGCUCCUCAGGCUGCUGUGUGACCUCGUGGGACAGCCAGGCACUCCCCAUGGACAGAGGCACUGCUUGAACACCUGGGGAGCACCGUGUGCAGGAACAGACUGCAGGCCUGGGGCAGGGCAGUGCAAUCCUGAAUGCGGACGCCAGCACCAUGAUACCCAGCUCUUGUACAGGGCUUUCUACUUACAGGCAUGCAAGAACCUAAAUGAAGAGACAUAAAUUAUUGACCAGAAAAUGGCCCAACGAAGCCCAAUCUUCCCAACUCUCGCCCAUUCUGAAAGCUUCUUUAAACUGUAGGAAAAAGAGCCUGACCUGCCUUUGUACGGACAGAGGCAGCAGCAAACAACAUCCAUUCAUCUGUAGCAGCCGGCCUUUACGGGUUCGAAACAUCCCGCUGCACAGCCAGGCGCUGACAGCGGUCCCGCUGGCAUCUGCGAGCCUGGUGGAUCAGCUGGAGGACAGAAUCCUCAGCCAUGAGAAAACCACGGCAGCGCUUGUGGAACACGCUUUUCGCAUCAAGGAGGACAUUGUUUCCACUCUGCACAGAAUGCAGAACAAAGGGGGGGGCGAUCGGUUAGCAAGGCAGCUCCUAGAAGAACACAUCCGGAACAUAACCGCCAUCGUGAGGCAGCUCAACCGGGACAUUGAGAUGCUGCAAGAACAGAUACGUGUCAGAGACAAUCUCAGCUAUGGAACAAAUUCUACCCUAAAGAGCCUGGAAAUGCGGCAGCUUUCUGGUUUAGGGGAUCUUCGUGGAAGAGUGGCAAGGUGUGAUGCCGGGCUAGCCAGACUGUCUGCAGAGCACAAAAUCACAUACGAAAGACUUCAGAGCCUAACUAAAGACCAGCACACCUCUAAGUUGAUCUUAGAAUCGAAAAUCAAAGAGACAGAAAUACAGGUUUCGCACCUGCUGAGCCGCGUGGAGCAGGCGGUGGCGCAGCAGGAAGCCAAGCUGAAGCUGGCCUACAAGGAGAGCGCGCAGCAGCUCCACCUGCUGGACACCAAAUUAAAAAAUGCUAUUGAAGAGCUCAGCAGCCAGAUUUUGUCUGCACGCAGCUGGUUGGAACAGGAACACGAGAGGAUUGAAAAAGAGCUUGUGCAAAAACUUGACCAACUCUCAUUGACUUUUAAGGAGAACACAGAAAUGAGUGAAAGAGCUAUAGAGAUGAAAUUCAGCCAGAUGUCAGAGAAAAUCAACAAAAUAGAAGAAAUACAGAAGAUAACCAUGGAAGCGCAUGAAACACAACAGACUGAAGAAAAGAUAAAUAUUCGCAUUGGCAAACUGCAAAACGAGAUUAACGAAGAUAUAAAAGAAAUGAAAGCUGAAGUUAAUGCUGGGUUUGCAGCUAUCUAUGAGAGCAUUGGAUCUCUACGGCAAGUUCUAGAGGCAAAAAUGAAACUUGACAGAGAUGAACUACAGAAGCAGAUCCAUCAAAUGAAGCAGGAGGUUCCAAUGUGGGGAGAGGCUGGACCAUGACCGCAAGAUUUUGACUGAGAUGAACACUUACUUAUCUGAAUAGGCAGACUAUAGCCUUGUUCCAGUCUGUAAUCCAAAUUAAAUGCAUGUACUGAAGGACAUGCUGCUGUUGCACAGGUCUGUAUGUUUACUUUGAGUGGUAAAUGCAAGCUUUUAAUAUACCAAUUGACAAGAAGCUUUUAUGGGCUGAGGUGCUCAUUUGCCACUGCACUACUCUAGCUGCUCUCAGGAGAUUACCAGCUGUAAAACUGGAGUAAUAUAUUGGUGAAGCUGGCACCUAAUUUGCUAACAGCGUUUCAGUGCUCCCCAGUUGUGUAGGCUUGAUCAGGCUAUUAUAUGCUUAUACAUACAUAAGCAUCUGCGCCCCUGCUUUUUUUUUUUUUCCUUCCUUCCUUUUUAUUUAAAAACAAAAAGACAGAAAAACCCAAACCAGGUUGAUAUCACCUGUGUAGUAUCAGUUUGGCAAGGCUCUCCACCUUGAUAUACAUUACUGUCUUUGAAGUUGAUGGACAUUUUUGCAGUGACUUUCUCUGUCAUUACAGGACAUUGACUCCUUGUGAGGCAAAACUGGCACUGGACAGGCCCAUUUUCAAAACCCUUUUUGUUUAGUUGUGCAAAUAUCCUGCGUGCGCACGUGUGUGUAAACUAAAUAGCAUUACAUAAUGUAGUUGUAGACUAAAAAUGAUUCAUGAACAAUGUAAAAAACAACGUGUGGUCUUAGGUAUUGUGACCUUUUCAGAUGAAUAACCAAGUGGACUUGAGACGAGACAAAAAUAUUUAUAUAACAGUAUUUUUUACUUGGGCAUGUGUUCUUGUGACUUGUUUCAUUUUAUUGAUAAAAGCUUUGAAAGGUUUGAAAACAAAAGAAAGUGAUAAUCUAACAGUCUGGAGAAUGUGAUGUA